GAUCUCGGUUCGCGCUGCUCAGUGCUCGGUUCUCAGUUCUCGGCUCUUUGGCUGGCGGCUUUUCAUUCUUUCGCAAUUGCGUCGCGAAAAAAAUUGCGUUUAAUUAAAGAAUAAAGGCCAGAGCUCGCCAUUCGGCACUAUUCGUUGCUUUUUCCAUAUUGAUUAAACAUAUUUGAAAACGUGCAUUAUGAGUCGUCACAGCCCAUUGAAGCUGACGCUGGUGCAGGUGCACGGGGUUCACCCGUCACCAAAUCCGCAUGCCGCUCGCGCCGAGCGUCGCGUCAAGUUGGGACUAGGGGUUAAUCAGCAAACGGGUCGUGUACAAUGGUGUCCCGGUCUAACCUGUUGUAAAUUGCUCUUACUGCUUCCAGUGGUGAUGCUGCCAUUGACAUUGGUGUUGCUGCUGCUACUGCGGCUGGACGGAAUGUUGCAAGCGCUGCAGCUAAGCGAACAGCGCGUGCGCGAUCAACGCAAAGCUGCAGUCUCGGUGGCCGGUUAUCUGGAUGACUACGAAUCGCUGCUGCCGGACAGCGAGAGCUACAGUGACCUAGUCAAUGAUGAGUUUCUAUUGCCGCACGCCAAGCGUACCCAGCUAGAAUUAAAAACAGCACAAAAGGCCAAACGGUGUCUGCCCUAUCGUUAUGCGAAUGGUGAGACGCUGGAGUUAGAGGAACGCAGCAUUUUGAUGAAAGAUGCCCGGACAUCCUUUCUUCCCCAUGGUUCUGCGAUAGGCGCCAUGCCAAGCGAGUGCUUCGACAAUGAGCUGUCUGAUGCCGAAAGGAAUACUGUUGUGGACGACGAUGAAGGCUACGACUUCGACACCAGUCCCAAGAAGAGCACGCCCAAACGCUAUCCGGAGAAGAAGCUGUACAUGUCUCGUCGGCGGCAGGCAGCUCGAGAACGACGUGAAGCAGAACAGGAACAGCACGCGGAGUUAGCUGAGAUCUCACUACAAUCAUUUUGGAAUGAGCAGGGCACACGGGAGGAUAUACGUCUAACACAGUCCAAGACCAUGCAGCGUUACAUGAACAGACAUGUAGAUCCGUGCGUGGAUUUUUACCAGUUCGCCUGCGGUAACUGGGAGAGGCUGCAUCCCAUACCUAAGGAUAAGGCGGGCUUCGAUACUUUCGAGAUGCUACGUGAGAGUCUGGACUUGGUGCUGCGCAAUCUGCUGGAGAAGAAUCCGCAGUCACCAAGCUCAGAAACUCGUGUGCGGCAAAACGUAUUCAAACUGAACGAACAGGAGCCGGAAACGGAUCAAGCAUCCGAAUUGAAGGCUGAGCGUCUCCGUCGCCAUAUUGUCCAUCGGCGGGACUUGCUCAAUCGGGUGCUAGUGCGCUAUAAGCGCUUUACCAAUGGCACCAAACGUAAAAGGCUCUUUGAGCCAGUGCGUGAAAGGAACAGAGAGCAGGAUUCUCCAUCGCCUUCUGCGCUACAUAUUAAAGAUAAGGACAAUGACAGGGACAAGGACAAGUACAAGGACGAAGGAAUACCGGUGCAAGCAACUAGCAAAGAAUUUCUAAAUCCCAAACACGACGCUCAAGUGAAGGCCAAGAAUCUUUACAAGUCGUGCGUGAAUAGCGAGCUGCUUAAUCGCCGCGGCCUGGAGCCGCUGCACUCGCUCAUUCGCCAGUUGGGCGGCUGGCCAGUACUUGACAACGAUUGGCGUAGCACCCACUUCAACUGGCAACAGCUAGCCGCCACGCUGCGUCGCUACAACAACGACAUACUUAUCGUCCAAUGGGUGGGCGCUGAUAUCAAGAACUCUGAGGAAAAUAUCAUACAGUUUGAUCAAACCGGGCUGGGUCUGCCCACGCGGGAAUACUUUCUACAGCAGAGCAAUGCCAAGUAUUUGACGGCCUAUCAGCGUUACAUGUCCGAGGUGAUGAACUUGCUAGGUGCCAGCAAAGCGGAUGCAACGCACACUGCCACCGAACUUAUUGCCUUCGAGACUAGGUUGGCAGCGAUAACAGCACCAGCCGAGCAAAGACUCAAUGUAACCAAACUUUACAAACGGAUGACGUUACAGCAACUGAAGGCGACGGUGCCCCAGAUUGACUGGACUGCAUAUUUGAGUACCCUUCAGGGCCGCGAUGUCAACGAUACGGAACAGGUGGUAAUCUAUGCGGUGGAUUAUAUGAAGCAGCUGGUGGCUCUGCUUGACGUUACGGAGCCCCGCAUAGUGGCCAACUAUAUGAUGUGGCGGUUUGUACGACAUCGCAUCAACAAUGUUGAUGAUCGCUUCGAUGACAUCAAGCAGAAUUUCUAUCAUGCGCUCUUUGGGCGCGAAGAGAGCCCACAACGCUGGAAGGUGUGCAUAGCACAGGUGAACACGAAUAUGGGCAUGGCCGUAGGUUCUAUGUUUGUGAGUCGUUAUUUCGAUGACAAUAGCAAGAGAGAUACAUUGCGGAUGACCCAUGAGCUGCAGCAAGCAUUCCGGGAUAUACUGAAGACCACAGACUGGUUAGAUCAAACGACUAAGCUACUGGCCGAGGAGAAGGUAAAUGCGAUGUCUCUAAAGAUUGGCUAUCCUGAUUUCAUACUUAAUACCGAAGAGCUGAACGAGAAGUAUGCUGGCAUUGAUAUACAUCCAGAAAAAUACUUUGAGAAUACGCUCAAUGUGCUGCUGCACACGGCCAAGAUGGAACAGGCCAAGCUACACGAGCGUGUAAACAAAACCAACUGGCAGACGGCACCGGCUAUUGUUAAUGCCUACUACAGCCGCAACAAGAACCAGAUCAUGUUUCCCGCUGGCAUACUACAGCCACCCUUCUAUCAUCGUCAUUUUCCCAAAUCUUUGAACUUUGGCGGCAUCGGAGUGGUCAUUGGGCACGAGCUUACCCAUGGCUUUGACGAUAAGGGUCGGCUCUUCGAUAGCAAUGGCAACAUACACAAAUGGUGGACGGACUCGUCCAUCCGCGGUUUUGACGACCGCGCGCGCUGCAUCAUUUCACAGUACGGCAAUUAUACGGUCGAAGAAGUGGGCAUAUCUCUCAAUGGCGAAAGCACGCAAGGCGAGAAUAUUGCGGACAAUGGCGGACUGCGGCAAGCUUUUCACGCUUACAUGCGUUGGUUAAAUGAAAACCCCAACGAAGCCAGGGAUGAGAUGUUGCCGGGACUAAAUAUGACCGGACCACAGCUAUUCUUUUUAAAUUUCGGUCAGGUGUGGUGCGGGGCCAUGCGGCCGGAGGCUAUACGCAACAAGCUAAAUACAGCCAUACAUAGUCCUGGACGUUAUCGUGUCAUCGGCACCCUCUCCAACUCUUACGAUUUUGCACGCGAAUUCAACUGCCCGGCAGACACGCCCAUGAAUCCCCAGAAGAAGUGCAGUGUCUGGUAGUCGCGGCCCAUUGUUACCUACUGCUUGAAAGUAUUACAGGCGAUCCACUCCUAAAAUUAACCAGCGCACGACAGUUGGAUCUAACGCUAAUUAUUGCGCUGAUUUUAGGACCUGUCCCAUGCCUGACUUGCCAUUAAAAAUAAACUACCAGGAUAUAUUAGCAACUGUGUUUAUACAAAGAUAUUAAAACCAAAGUGUGCCAAA